UUCUUCUCAGCACGUCGGCUACAUAACACGGUUGAAUGGCUGCCCCGAUGCAGGAAGCGAAAACUAUGGCGGGUUUACGGGGUGUUGGCGCUCUCGCAGAUCUAAAAAACCUUUUCCCUACGAAAAACCACUUUUUCAUUUUCGUAGGAUACAUGGCACUGUUCAUAAAUCAGGGUAUCCUUGUUACAGCGACGAAAGACAAAGAAAACCAUUACUCCUACAACACGGUUACAGUGGUGCUUUUGACAGAAUUUGUCAAACUUCUUGUUGCUGUGGGACUGCAGAUGAGGACUUCAACUUUGGGAGAAUUUGUGGAAGAAGUUCGGUCUAACACUAAAGUUUUACUUCUCUACGUUGUCCCAGCAUUCAUGUACUGCCUUUAUAACAACUUGGCUUUUGUUAAUCUGGCAAACUAUGACCCAACCACAUACUACCUACUGCUUCAGUUUCGUGUUGUAGUAACAGGAGUUAUUUUUCAGAUAUUGUUCAGCAAGAAGUUGAGUGGGUUGCAGUGGUUCUCUUUGUUACUAUUGACAUCAGGUUGCAUUGUAAAGCAGAUCAAAUACGAGAAUCUCACUGCUACAGGCAGCUCCUUUUCACUGCGCUUUGACUUGCACCUGCUUUUAAUCCUUGUGCAAGUGUUUUGUUCCUGUUUUGCAGGGGUCUAUAAUGAGUAUCUCCUAAAGGGCAAGAGUGGCGAUGUUCCUUUUAUGGUUCAGAACUUUUUUAUGUAUUUAGAUUCUGUGGUCUGUAAUUUUGCUGUUCUCUGGACCAAUGGCACUCUCUCAGAUGCCUUCACCAGAGACAGCUUAUCAUCACUUUUUCAUGGCAAAGUUUUGGCUAUCAUAUUCAAUAAUGCUGCCAUUGGCAUAACUACUGCUUUGUUCUUACAGCGUCUUAACUCUAUUCUGAAGACUUUUGCCAGUGCAUUAGAAAUCAUGUUCACGGCUGUGUUGUGCUGGUUCAUCUUUGGAAUUCCAGUUGAUGUUUUUACUUUUAUUGCAAUAGCAAUUGUGUCAUAUGCAGUUAUCUUAUACGCACAUAAUCCAGUCGACAACACGCCUCAACCACUGAAAUCCACUGUGGAUGGGCCUCAAAAAUCAAAUGUGGGUGAUUAAAAUGCAAGUGUUUAAUUAAAGGGGUUGUUUUAAUGUUAAAUAAAUAGUGAUAUUGUUUCACGAAACCACAAAGCUGGUUGUCGUGUUCAUUAAACCAACAGCUCAAAGUUGAAAAAUAUGGAGUUUUAAGUGAUUGUUUAGGGUUGGUAGACUCAAGGGUUUAACAUGUCUUCUAGCCAAGUAAAUCUUGAAAAAGGGUUUAGAUUGAAGUUUAACACCCAUAACGUAAUAGUUUGUUGGCAAUAUGUUUGAUAAGUAUCAGUGUGGUAAAUGUUGAAAGGUCAAUUAAAUCUUACUAUAACUAGGCGAAUAGGCCAGCUGUUGAACUUGAGUAUCAGAAAGAGUUUGUUGAAAUUAUCUUCUUGGUAAAGUCAUAAAAUUUGAGCAAUUUAUUUGGUUUGUCCAUUGCAUGGGGAAUGGGAUGGGGGGUCUGGAAAUUCAACCAGUUCAAAGGGGUCAUAAAUUUGUUCUUUUUACCAAAAUUUAAUCAUUCAGUAGUUGUUACAUUUCAAGUCAAAAUCCUGAUUCAACCACUCCUGCAAGAGAACAGUAAUAAUUCAAUUGACAUCUCUUAUAAAUAAGUUAGUGAAAAUAAAAAAUAACAAAAUGACAACACACUUUCAAAUUGUUAGUUUGCUAUUUUCUUUUGUUCAAGAAAAUGUAUUGAUACAGAUGUUUAUUUGCACAACUUUCUUCACUCAGUCAAAAGUGUAAUAUUAAUUGAUGUCAACAAAAAAGUUCAUAAUAAAGCCUUACUCACAAUAGCCACCUCAAUGGUCAUACAGAGAAAUUGUUGUGUAAUUAUAUACCACUCUAUUACUUGACACUCAAGUUUUUUUUCUUGAGAAUUGUUUUUUUCUUUACAAUUUUUGCCCCGUGGCAGAAUGCAUGGUUAGUAAGCUGUUGCGAAGAAGGCCUUCAUUGUCUUUUUAUUGUAGUUUGUAAUAUUACAUUUUAGAAAAUUACUUGUCUCUGAUUGGCCAAAAAAAGAAAUGCAGUAGAUGUGAUUUUUAGCCUUAAAGCAGGGAAGAUAUGUAUUAACGAUCUAAUAAUUGCACUGUUUUAAGUGGCUGAAAGCCGUUUGAGUUGUAAAUAAAAGUUCUCAGAAUGUUU